AUGUCCCUUCUACGCGAAGCGGAGAGGUGCCUUGCGAACCAACAUGCACAUGUCCUCAACGCCUUCAUAACUCCACUGCCCCGCUCGGGGCAAUGGCUAGAUCGCGUAAAGGAAGCAGACCAACGCCGCGAGCAAGGCAAUCCCAAGUCCACAGUUGACGGGCGCUUGAUAUCGAUCAAGGAUAAUAUCUGCACACGCGACCUACCAACUACCUGCGCCUCGGGUAUCCUCGACAAAUUCACCAGCCCAUUCAAUGCCACCGUCGUCGAUCAAUUAGAGGCCGCCGGGGCCGUGGUCGCUGGCAAGACCAAUCUCGAUGAGUUUGGAAUGGGGUCGCACUCGGUGCAUUCGCGAUUUGGCGCUGUAAAGAACAUGCGACGGGACCAAGAUGGACAGGAUCUUUCCGCUGGCGGAAGUUCCGGUGGAAGUGCGGUUGCUGUUGCUGCCGAACAGUGCUAUGCUGCCCUCGGAACAGACACUGGAGGCUCCGUCAGACUUCCAGCAGCGUAUACUGGAACAGUUGGAUUCAAACCCUCAUACGGCCUACUCUCACGAUGGGGUGUGGUGGCAUACGCAAAUUCCUUGGACACAGUGGGCAUCCUGGGGAGGAACACGUCCACCGCGAGAGACGUCUUCUCCAUUCUUAACAAGCACGAUGCCCGCGACCCAACAAACAUAACCUCAUUCUCGCGCUCUCGAAUCAUCUCACACCUCCAAACGCCACGACUAGCAUCUCGACUGACCUCCUCACCUCUCCGCAUUGGUGUCCCACUAGAAUACAACAUCUCCGAGCUCACACCAUCUGUUCGCCGAGCAUGGCUUCUCUCUCUCGCGCAUCUCCGAGAGCAAGGACAUACUAUCCAUCCCAUCUCUCUACCAGCGACCAAACACGCCCUCUCCACAUACUACGUUCUCGCACCUGCAGAGGCGUCCUCGAACCUCGCCAAAUACGACGGUGUUCGUUACGGGACUCGCGCCGAGGGACCAGAUAGUAGUGGACAGCCAGACGGCUAUCUCUAUGCUAAUACCCGUAGCAAUGGGUUUGGUGCUGAAGUACAACGCCGUAUUCUCCUCGGCACGUUCAGUCUGAGUGCAGACGCCAUGGACAACUACUUCAUCCAAGCCCAACGUGUGCGUCGACUGGUCCAGCAGGAUUUCAAUGCUGUCUUCGCGGCUGCGCAUCCGUUCGGUGCGACUGAGGCAUCAGAGACAGACCGCUCUGCAGCGGCGAAUGUUGAUGUGAUCGUGUGUCCCACCGCGCCAUCCGCACCUCCGCGACUGUCUGAUGUAUCAGCUGGCUCGUCGCCUCUGGAUGCCUAUGUCAAUGAUGUCUUCACGGUUCCAGCAAGUUUGGCUGGGUUACCUGCUAUUUCAGUUCCUGUGACUGUAGCCGAGUCUGAGCAGAAUCCCGUUGCGGAUCAAGUAGCUGGUAUUCAGGUUAUUGGCCAGUAUGGCGAUGAUGAGUUGGUGAUGAAGGUUGGUGAGUUGCUGGAGGGGAAGAGGUUAGAUGGCUAG